UCUCCAUCUCUAGUUGUAACGGAUUUUGGCUGUUGUUUGGCCGAUAAAAAUCAUGGACUAUACUUGCCUUACAACACUCAUGAUAUUGACAAAGGUGGCAAUAUCGCAUUGAUGGCACCGGAAGUAAUAACAGCGGAGCCGGGUCCUUUUACAAGCAUAAAUUAUACAAAAGCUGAUUUUUGGACGGUUGGAACUAUAGCAUACGAAAUAUUUGGAAUGAAAAAUCCAUUUCAUGGUGAAAAGGAACAAGCUGCUUUAAACAAUUAUAAUUAUAUUGAAAACGAACUUCCAACACUACCGGAUAGUCUGCCAUCUAUUAUUAAUGCAAUUAUAAAAAAUGCAUUGUCUAGAAGUUUAUAUAAGCGACUUGAUAGCGAAUUAGCAGCAACUGUAAUGCAAUUGUAUCUGUGGGCACCUAGUUCAUGGUUGAAAAGCGAAACUCAAUUACCAACGAGCAAUGAGAUUAUGCAAUGGCUUUUGUGCUUAACCACAAAAGUUCUUUGUGAAGGAAGAAAAACAAAUUUAUUUUCAUCGCAUGAAUCGUCUGCUGACACAGAACACAAUAUAAGCAGACACAAUGCAAAUAAACGAAUACUUUCAAUACGUUCUUGUGGAAGACGCACAAUGCCAGAGUACCAAUUAAUCGCAAGCUUUCUUAGCAGGGUAACACUUGCUAAUGUUAAGAAUGCAUUAAAAUGGAUACAACGAAACAUAUAACUGAAAAUAGCAUAUGUAUAUAUGUAAAACAUUAAAAAUUUUGUUUAAAUUUUAAA